GGUCUAUAUACACCAUUGAGGAAACUGAACAAACGCUGAUCGCUGAUAAGAAUCACAUAUAGUUUCUCCGAUAUAGGUAUCUGUACCACGGACUCAAACAUGCAUCAUCAUCUUUAAUAAUAUGAGUUAAAGCAGCUGUUCGACGCUUAACUGGGAGCAGUUACUUUUGUUCCCUUGCUGAGAAGCGUCGAGAUAAUUGCAGUCUCCAUACUGGGAUGUAUUCACCAUCAAUUAAACCUGUUUCUGCCGCAUGGAUUCUACUAGCAGCAGCCGUAACAACAACAAAUGGAGCAAAUAUUUUGUCCAUAAUGACGGUUCCUAGCCCCAGCCAUCACCUUUGGAAUCGUGUCUGGAUGGAAGCUUUAAUGGAUCGGGGGCAUAAUGUAACGGUAAUCUCACAGGAUGGUGACAAGUCAAGGACCAAUCUGACAUACCUAAUUUUGGAAAAAGUUUACAGCAGUAUGCAAGAGAUGGAAGUGAACUAUGUGGAAAUGUCGAAAGAAAGCAGUCUUCGUACCGUGUUCAACUUUUUAGACUAUUCCGUUAGUUUGUGUGAUGCAAUGCUUACCUCCCAGGGAUUAGCAGUACUGGAGCAAUACCCGGAUGAUUUCAAGUUUGACCUCGUGGUGUACGACUUUGGGUGCGGGCCGUGUCUUCUGUCUUUGCUUCAUAAGUUCAACUAUCCCCCGCUACUGUCGCUGACAGCAUUCAACAAUCCACCCUUCUCUGUUGACAUCGUAGGCGGCCAUAAACACUUUGCCUACACUCCUUACUUCGCACUCAACUACAAUUCCAAAAUGAACUUCUGGCAAAGAGCUUACAACACCUUGCUCUCCCUGAUCGGUUCAAUUUACCGAAACAUGUACAUAAUUCCACUCGUUGAUCAAAUGGCUCGGGGUCAUUUCAAGUACUCCAAUAUGGCAUACUUAGGCGAUCUGGAACAACGUACAGUGGUGAUGCUGGUCAACACAAAUCCGGCGCUGGACCCUGCAGAACCACUUCCGCCUAAUCUUAUCGCAGUUGGAGGAGCCCACAUUAAAGAACCCGAACCUCUUCCCAAAGACUUGGAAAAGUUCAUCACCAGUGCUCCCAAGGGAGUAAUUCUCUUCUCGCUCGGGACUAACGUUCGAAGUGAUAAAAUCGGCGAAGAACGUCAGCGAAUGUUUAUCGAAGCCUUCCGCCAAAUGCCACACUAUCAUUUUCUGUGGAAAUUCGAGUCCACCUUCGAUCUCGAUCUUCCUCCGAACGUCAUAAUCAAGCGCUGGAUGCCGCAACAUAGCAUAUUAGCUCAUCCGAGUACGAAAGCGUUCAUAACACAUUCUGGUGGACUGAGUACACAGGAAGCUUCCUGGUUUGGCGUACCGUUGAUAGCUAUGCCCUUCUUCAUGGAUCAACAUAGGACCUGUCAACAGUCGGUAGCCGCCGGAGUUGCAGAGGCUCUUGACUUCCAAACGCUGUCAGUCGAAAAGAUUCGAAACACCGUCUUGAAAGUGCUGCAGACGCCCAAAUACCGGGAGAAUAUGCAACGAAGAUCUAGGUUUUUCCGCGAUCAACCGGAGAAACCGUUGGAUCGAGCUAUUUGGUGGAUGGAGUACGUUAUCCGGAAUCCAGAUGCGAACCAUUUUAGGUCACCCACCCUGGAGUUGGGCACUAUCCGGUCGAAUCUGCUGGACGUUUACGGGUUGUACAUUUGUACUGCGUUAGUGGUGUACAAAGGCUUGCAGCGAGCGCUGAAAGUAUGCUUUGCGAAACGAAAGGUGAAGAAGUUGUUGAAAAGAGAGUGAUAACUACGUUCGGUGUGAUCUAAGUCACCUGGUGAAAGAUGUCAAUAAGAAUACAAUGUUUGUGUCGUGGUA